AUGGAUUCUUUCCAAAACUAUUCAGAAUUGUCGCAAACUGCUGAUGAAAUAUCAACCAAAGUCAAGAAUUUUGACGGCAAUCAUCAUGCCAGAACCGAACUUCUCAAACAGAUUGACAAACUUCGACUUCUGCUUGAGGAGCCAAUUGACGCAGUGAUGCGGCAAUGGGAAUACACAAAUGUCAUUGCUGCUCUCAAUCUUUUAGUUGAAACAAAAACAUUCGAGACAAUUCCGCAAGAAGGAUCAAUCACGACAAAGGACCUUGCUGCAGCAGUCAAUGUAGACGAAUCUGCCAUUGCCCGUGCAUUAAGAAUGUCUGUCAUGUUUGGUAUUGGAGAAGAGGUAAAGUCAGAUGUUUUUGCGCACAAUAGUAAAUCUCUUGCAUACCGACCCGGUUUCCAACAAGAAUUCUUCAAACUCAUUUAUGACCAUACUCCCGCAUAUAUCAAGCUCCCAGAAUACUUCCGAACUCAUUCUAAAGAAGAUCUUUACGAUCUGACAAAGGGACCAUACGCCUAUGGCCAUGGAUUAGAAGGAAAAACUUAUUAUGAAGCAAUUUCUCAUACUCCAGAGCGUCUACAUAUGUUUAAUACGACCAUGGUAUCCAUGGAAAGACAAUCUCCAAUCACCGGCAUGUAUCCAUUCGCUACACUCAAGGACGAAGUUGAAGCGGAAAGAGCGAGACCAUUUGUGGUGGACAUCGGAGGUGGAAGAGGCCAAGCUUUGAUUGCCAUUCAAAAAGAAGCACCUGAAGGUUUUGGGGCAAAGAUGAUUCUUCAGGAUAGAUCAGAGGUUCUGGAAAGUUUAACUGAGCAAGAUAUUCCUAAUAUUGAGAAAAUGGUUUAUGAUUUUCAUACACCCCAACCUGUUAAAAAUGCUCAUGUCUACUUCAUCCGACGCAUCCUCCAUGAUUUUUAUGAACCAGUCUGCGUUCAACUUCUCAAAAAUAUCGCAUCGGCUAUGGGUCCUACAUCCCGCGUGGUGAUUGCUGACAUGAUACGAUCAGAGAAGACUGAUAUAGGUGGUGAAAUGAUGAUUUAUUGGAUGGACUUUUGUAUGAUGAUGUUAAAUGGAAAGGAGAAGAGUGAAAAAGAGUUCAGAGAGAUUAUUGAUGCAGCUGGAUUGGAGGUUAUCAAAAUCUGGAGGUAUCCAGUUGGAACGCAGGCACAGAUCGAGUGUCGACUGAAAAGAGUAUAA